AUGUUAAAGGAAGAGGCUUUCCACAACCCGGGCGACAGCAUAUUUGUGACGAGUUUCAAGCCUGAUCUGCACAUUGAAAAGAUUACCUCGCGCGAGAGCUUCAUUGCCCUCGUCGUCACCGAUCGCAUCGUCAACGCCUCUAACCAGGCUGGAGUCUUGCCGCGACAGGGCAGCCUCCCGGGCAUCAACCACCUCUGGUCCUUGCUCUACCGACACAUUGAUAUUGUCAUCAAGGACCUGAACUCGCGCAUAGCAGGUGGCGCCGGCAUUGAGACCCUGCUUCGUCGAUUGGUCGACCUGCUCAGCAUUGAUCUGUCAAUUAUGGAUCCUGCUUGGAGAUCACACGUCGAGGGCUUUGCAGCUUUGGUCAAGCUUCACGGUGGCGUUCAAAAAGUUCUCAGCGUCAAGGCUGCUUCAGAACGCGACCAGAGAGUACCGCCAAUGUCACUGCAUUAUGUUUUGAUCUACUCUACGCUGGCCAACACAGCGAGCCCUGCCAGCAACCAAAUCACCGGCCUUGCCAACUGGUCACCCGACGACAUCACCGCCGCCUACUCGCACACGGGCUUCCAUCCGGCACCCUGCCCAACCUCUGUGCUGCAGGACAUUGUCCGCAUCACGCGGCUGCGCACCAUGUGCCUUGCUGAACCCACCAUCACAGCCGCCUUUGUGCCCAUUGCCCGCGAAGUCUCGCGGCUCCUGCAAACCUUUGUCCCCGAGGAGUGGACAGAGCCUUACGCCAAGCCCGAGGACCCGUGCAUGCCGCUCGCCGGCGACCUGUACAAGACGGCCGCGCUCUUGUACGGGGUGCUGUCGCUGCCGCCCGUGCUUGCGGCCGAGUUUGCCAUGAUCCCCGGCGCGAGCCCUGGCCUGGACGAGGCCGCUGUCGUGGAGACGGGACGCCUGUUUUACGGUGCGUACCUGCUGAACCUGGUGGACCGGGCCAUGACGGAGCUGCCGCGACCACAGGGUGUCAGCUGGCCAAUUGCCGUGCUCGGCGUCGCUAGUCACGACGCCCCACAGGACAUAAAGGCUCGGCUGCUGGGCUAUCUGCAGAGGCUACGGCUGAGGCCCGGCGCGGACAGCGGCGCGGCGAAUAUCGACAUCAAGCUGCGUGACUUCUGGUUCUUUGGGAACACGCAGUGGGAGGAGUGCUACCACGAGCCCAUCAAUGUCAUUACCUAG